AUGGGUGAUUUCCUUUUGAGUGAUCUACCAGAAUCCAUAUUCUAUCGAAUUCUUUCAUUUCUUGAUACCAAGGACAUUAUAAGAGUUUCUACGUUGUCUAGGAGAUACAGAGAACUUUGCUUUUCAUUGCCAUUCUUGAACGCUGUAGUAAAGGAGUUCGAUGAUGAAGAUGAAUUCUCUAGGUUUAUUGAAUUUCUAAACUGGUUUAUGGCCUUGGAUUUUGGGGAUGGUGAUGAUUAUAGUAUGAUAAAAGAAGUUAAAGUAGACAUUUGUUGUAAGAAUCUUGGUAUUGAUAUUGGAAAUGUGAUCGUUAGCCGGGUACGUGAAGCAAUUACCAGGUGCAGUAUUGAAAAGAUUUGUUUGGUGCUAGACGGGAUUGACACACUUGAUUUGACAAAUAAUGUAUUGGGUUCUGAAUCUUUAAGAGAAUUGGAGGUGAAGUUGGGACCUGAUGGUGACCUAAUCUUGCCCACCAUUAAUCCAUUUAGGGGUCUUGUGAGUCUGACAUUGAAACUUCUGAGGGUUUCGAUUCAGUCUUUUGGUGAGUGGAUUUCGAGCUGCAAAAAACUGAAAAUGUUACACCUUAUUGGUGUUGUUUUUAUGGAUAAGGAGCUUAACAUCACUUCUUCAUCACUUGAAGAUUUAAGCAUUGUGAAUAUGAAGCAAUAUUCUGUAGAUGAGGAUUUCUAUAUCAAAGUUUCAGCAGAGAGACUUAAAUUGCUGCGUAUACUUUGGCCAAAUGCAAACCCCGGCAACACUCCCAUAUACUCACUUACAUUACAUGCGCCAAAUCUUCAGAAGUUUUCCUGGGAUGGAAAUGUCUUUCAUUACUCUUUUGAUGGAAAAUUUGAGUCAUUAUUGCAUUCUUAUAUAUCAAUACUUCCAAGUCCUGAUGUCUGCAAAGAGCACAGCGCCUUGUCUAAUGAAAUCUUUGCUAAAGCUGCUCAAACGAUAUGCCGGGUUUCAUCCAUCUGCAUCACUGAUCAUUGUGUUGAGGAAAUGUCAUCGCGAGGGUUGCUGCCAAAAUUUUGUAACUUGCGUUCAUUGACUCUAAUACGUGCUGGUUUGUGCAAUAACAUCACUUCUACAGUUGACUUGCUCAAUUCGACGCCUCAUUUGAACGCUCUGAAAAUAGGUCCAAAGCCAUACUGGUUACUAUAUUUCAUUGAUGCACCGGUGGAGACAUGUUAUAAUGCAGAGUACUGGGAGUCCCAAAAUCUGGAAUUUGUCCACUCACUGCAGGAAGUUGAAAUAAAGAUUGAUGGAGAUCAGGAAGAGAUUGAGCUGAUAAAAUUCUUGCUCAAAAAGGCAAAAGCGUUGAAGAAGAUGACCGUUCGAUAUACGUCUGAAGGAAUACGUAAACACGCUCUAAUCAUUGCAAUAGUUCAACGAUUGAAAAUAGCUUCUUCCUCUAUAACUAUAGAUUUUCUUCCAAAAUGA